UGACGGCCGUGUUCCCGCCCUCUGAAUAGGAAUGACCAACGGGGGCGUUGCUGGGGGGCGGGGCCGCGCUCGAGCUCGACCCAGUUUGAAAGUGAACCAACGGCUCCAGUCGCUGCUUCAGCCACCAAACCACAACAAGAACCCGAACCCAGACCCGAACCCGAACCCGGACCCAGACCCGGACCCCGGCCUUCCUGACGAGCCGUCAGUAUGAUGCGUAAAGACGUCAACAAGCCGAAGGGGAAGACGUCGGCGUACGCCUUCUUCGUCCAGACGUGUCGAGAGGAACAUCGCAAGAAGAACCCCGAGCAGUCGGUCAACUUCGCUGAGUUCUCCAAGAAGUGCUCCGAGAGAUGGAAGGGUCUCACCGCUGGAGAUAAGAAGUGUUUCGAGGACAUGGCGAAGGCCGACAAGGUGCGUUACAACCGCGAGAUGAGAGACUACGUCCCCCCUAAAGGCUUCGGAAAGAGAGGACGCAAGAGGAAAGACCCCAACGCACCCAAGAGACCCCCGUCUGCGUUCUUCGUGUUCUGCAGUGAGUACCGCCCCCCCGUGAAGCAGCAGUUCCCGGUCUGUCUAUAGGAGACUGUGCCAAGAAGCUGGGGGAGAUGUGGAGCAAACUGUCCCAGUCUGAGAAGCUGCCCUACGAGGAGAAGGCCCAGAAACUACGGGAGAAAUACGACCGGGUGAGACCAUCGGGUGUGGGGGGGGG